UUUUUUUUCCAUCAGUUCCCCAAGCCCCAAUUCCCAUGGGGCAAUUUGAAAAGGGCCAUGUAACAUCUGCAAAGGAAGUAGUCUGAAUUACAGGAGAGGAGGCCUAAGCUUAGAGAACCUGAAUCUAUUAAGUUUUAUGCUUCCCCACCCCUUGUUCCAAAGGGAGAUACUGUAUCUUCCAAGGCUGUAAGCAAACCUGACCUUUGCUCUGGAGAAAGACACUAUCUCCUUCUACCCUCCAAGGCUGUUCAACUUGGUACCUCCCUUCAUCCUGGGGAGCCCUUCUGCCUCCUCUAUGCUGUCCUUUUUUUAUGUAUCACAUGUCUUUCUCUUUCUUUUUUCACUCUCUUACCUUUAUGGAGCACAUUUUCUACAGUUGGGAGAAAAAAUUUUUGCAACUGUGCAUGUCUGUAAAUACCUUUAUUCUACCCUCAUACUUCCAUGAGAAUUUGCCUGGCUACUGAAUCUUAGUUUGGAAAUAAUUUUCCUUGAGAAUUUUUAUGGCAUUUCCCUAAUACAUUUUAGGUUUCAAUAUUAGGUUAAGAAGACUGAAGUCAUUUAAAUUCCUAAUUCGUUAUAUAUCACUUGUUUUUCCCCUUUUCUGGAAACUUCUCUUUGACAUGAGUUUCCUAAAAUUUUUGAUGAUAUGCUUUGAAAUGGGUCUAUCUGGGGUUCUUUCAAUGUAGAAAUUAAUGUCUUUCCAUUUUAGGAAAUAUUCUGAAUUAUUAAAAUUUCUUUCCUGAAUUUCAUCAAAAAUUUCUUUCCAUUUUUUUUCUGCUGUGAAAUGCCUUUUAUACAGGAAUUAGACUUCCUCAGCUGGUCCUCUAAUUUUCUUAGUUUCUCCCUCCUUUUUUCCAUCUCUCUGUCCUUUUGCUCUACUUUCUUGGAGAUGUUCUCAACUUUAUAUUAUAAUCCUUCUUUAGAACUUUUUCCUUUUUUAUUGAGGUAUAUAACUUAAAAGUGCACAAGUCUUAAGUGUGCAGCUCAAUGACCUUUUACACUGUGCACAUACACUGUGUACACCCCGGCAACACCCCUUCAAAAUACAGAACACUUCCAACUCCCCAGAAGGAUCCUUCAUCCCUCCCAGUCAGUACUUUAAUCACUAUUCUGAUACCACAGAUGAAUUCUGCCUGCUUUUUAAAAAUCAGCUUUAUUGAGGUAUAAUUUUCAUACAAUUAAAUCCACUAAUUUUAAGUGUACAGUUGAUGAGUUUUGAAAACUUUAUAAACUGCAUAACCACCACUACCACCACAACAAAGGUAAAGAACAUUUCCAUCACCCCAGAAAACUCCCUUUUGCCACUUUGCAUUCGACCUCCAACUCUCACCAUGCACUCUCCUGUUCCCUUCUCCCUACACAGGCCCACCUCAGUUUACCGCGCCUCAUUUUACUGCACUUCACAGACACCAUUUUUUACAAUUUGAAGAUUCAUGGCAACUGUGCAUCCAGCAAGUCUACCGGUGCCAUUUUUCUAACAGCAUGUGCUCACUUUGUGUCUCUAUGUCACAUUUUGGUAAUUCUCACAAUAUUCCAAACUUCUCCAUUUUUAUUAUAUCUGUUAAUAGUGAUCAGUGAUGUUACUGUUGUAAUUGUAUUGGGGCACCACAAACCAUGCCCUAUAGCAAGGUGAAUAUAAUUGAUAAAUACUGUGUUCUGACUGCCCUACCAAUAGGCUGUUGCCCUCUCUCUCUCUUCUCCUCGGGCCUCCUUUUCCCGGAGACACAAUACUGAAAUUAGGCCAAUGAAGAACCCUACAAUAGCCUCUAAGUGUUCAAGUGAAAGGGAAUAGUUGCAUGUCUCUCACUUGAAAUCAAGGGCCAGAAAUGACUAAGCUUAGCAAGCAAGGCAUGUUGAAAGCUAAGAUAGGCCAAGAGGUAGAUCUCUCGUGCCAAAGAGCCAAGUUGUAAACGCAAAGAAGAAGUUCUUGAAAGAAAUUAAAAGUGCUACUCCAGCGAACAUAUGAAUGAUGAGAAAGCAAAACAGCCUUAUUGCUGAUAUGGAGAAAGUGUGAGUGGUCUGGACAGAAGAUUAAACCAGCCACAAUAUUCCCUUAAGCCAAAGCCUAAUCCAGAACAAGACCCUAAUUGUCUUCAAUUCUAUGAAGGCUGAAAGAGGUGAGGAUGCUGCAGAAGUAUGAAGCAAGUAGAGACUGGUUUAUGAGGUUUAAGGAAAGAAGCCUUUUCCAUAACACAAAAGUGCAAGGUGAAGCAGCAAGUGCUAAUGUAGAAGCUGCAGCAAGUUGUCUAGAACUAGCUAAGAUCAUUGACGAAGAUGGCUACACUAAACAACAGAUUUUCAAUGUAGACAAAAUAGCCUCCUAUUGGAAAAAUAUUUCAUCUAAGACUUUCCUGGCUAGAGAGGAAAAGUGAAUGCCUGGGUUCAAAGCCUUAAAGGACAGGCUGGCUCUCGUGUCGGGGCUGAUUUAGCUGACGACUUGAAGUUGAAGCCAAUGCUCAUUUACUAAUAUGAAGAUCCUAGGGCCCUUAAGAGUUAUGCUGAAGCUACUCUGCCUGUGCUCUGUAAAUGGAAUAGCAAAGUCUAGAUGACAGCACAUCUGUUUACAGUAUGGCUUACUGAAUAUUUUAAGCCCAACUUUGAGAGCUAUGGCUCAGAAAAAAAGAUUCCUUUAAAAAUAUUGCCACUCACUGACAAUGCACCUGGUCACCAAAGAGCUCUGAUGUAGAUGUACAAAGAGAUAAAUGCUGUUUUCAUGCCUGCUUAUCCAUUCUGCAGGCCAUGGAUAAAGGAGUUAUUUCAACUUUCAAAUCUUAUUAUUUAAGAAAUACAUUUUUUAAGGCUACAGGUGCCAUACAUAGUGAAUUCCUUUGAUGAAACUGGGCAAAGUAAAUUGAACACUUUCUGGAACAGAGUCACCCUUCUAGAUGCCAAUAAGAACAUUUGUGAUUCAAGGGAGGAUGUCAAAACAUUAACACUAACAGGAGUGUUACAGAAAUUGAUUCCAGUCCUCAUGGAUGACUCUGAGGGUUUCAAGACUUUAUUGGAGGAAGUCACUGCAGAUGUGGUAGAAAAAGCAAGAGAACUAGAAUUAGAAGUGGAGCUUGUAGAUGUGACUGAAUUGCUGCAAUCUCACGAAAAAACAUAAACGGGGUAGGGCACAGUGGCUCACACCUGUAAUCUCAACACUUCGGGAAGCCAAGGCAAAAGGAUCACUUAAGACCAGGAGUUCAAGACCAGCCUGGGCAACACAGCAAGACCCCAUCUCUACAAAAAAUAAAAAAAAAACUUGAAUGGAUGAGUUGUUUCUUAUGCAUGAGCAAAGAAAGUGGCUUCUUGAGCUGCAAUCUACUCCUGGUGAAGAUGCUUGUGAACACUGUUGAAAUAACAAUAAAGGAUUUAGAUUACUACAUAAUCCUAGUUGAUAAAGCAGCAGCAGGGUUUGGAGAGGAUUGACUCCAAUUGUGAAAGAACUGCUACUGUGGGUAAAAUGCUAUCAAACAGUAUAAUUGCAUGCUAUGGAGAAAUUUUUCACAAAAGGAAGAGUCAAUACAUCCACCAAACUUUGUUGUUGUCUUAUUUUAAGAAUUGCCCUGGGCCAGGCACACUGGGUCAUGCCAGUAAUCCCAACACUUUGGGAGGCCAAGGCAGGAGUAUCACUUGAGGCUAGAAGUUCAAGACCAGCCUGGGCAACAUAGCAAGAUGCCAAUUCUAAAAAAAAAAAAAAAAAAAUUUAAUUAGUCACAUGGGCACUGAGAACGCGGGUCCACGCACGUGAUCGUCCGUGCAUCUAGCCUUUGCCCACACAGCUUGUUCAGUCAUGGCCUCAGGUAAUGCGUGCAUGGGAAAGCCCGCCCCUAACUUCAAGGCCACAUCCAUGGUGGAUGGCGCCUUCAAAGAGGUGAAGCUGUCAGACUACAAAGGGAAGUACGUGGUCCUCUUUUUCUACCCUCUGGACUUCACUUUUGUGUGCCUCACAGAGAUCAUUGCAGUCAGCAGCCAUGCCGAGGACUUCCGCAAGCUGGGCUGCGAAGUGCUGGGCAUCUUGGUGGACUCUCAGUUCACCCACCUGGCUUGGAUUAACAUCCCCCGGAAGGAGGGAGGCUUGGGCCCCCUGAACAUCCCCCUGCUUGCUAAUGUGGCAAGACGCUUGUCUGAGGAUUACGGUGAGCUGAAAAGAGAUGAGUGCAUUGCCUACUGGGGCCUCUUUAUCAUUGAUGGCAAGGGUGUCCUUCGCCAGAUCACUGUUAAUGAUUUGCCUGUGGGACACUCAUUGGAUGAGGCUCUGCAGCUGGUCCAGACCAUCCAGUACACGGACGAGCACAGGGAAGUUUGUCCUGCUGGCUGGAAGCUUGGCAGUAACACAAUUAAGCUCAACGUGGAUGACGGCGAGGAAUAUUUCUCCAAACAAAAUUAGGCUGGCCAAUGGAUAGUGAGCUUGUGCCCCUACCUAGGUGCCUGUGCUGGGUGCCCACCUGUGCCCCUACCUAGGUGCCCUGUGCUGACCCAGGAAAGGCCAGACCUGCCCCUCCAAACACCACAGUCUGGGACCCUGGAGGGCUAGACCAAGGCCUUCUCAUGCCUCCUCCUGGGAGCUGAAUAGUGACGCCCACUCCCGAGCCCGCCCAGCAGCACACAGGCCUAGAGGUGACCAAUAAAGUAUUAGGGACAAGAAAAAAAAAAUUAGUCACAUGUGGUCCUAGCUACUCAAGAGGCUGGGGCGGGAUGAUCGCUUGAGUCUGAGAGUUUGAGGCUGCAGUAAGUUAUGAUCGCACCACUACGCUCCAGCCCUCCAGCCUGGGUGACAGAGUGAGACCCUGCCUCUAAAAAAAAAAGAAAAGAAAAAAGAAAAGAAGGAGGAGGAAGGAAGAAGGAUGAGGAGGAGUAGGAAGAGAGGAAAAAGAGAAGAAGGAGGAAGAAGAAAUUGCCACGGCCACCCCAACCUUCAGCAACCACUACCCUGAUCUGUCAGCAGCCAUCAAGAAAAGAUCCCCCCACCAGUAAGAAGAUUAAGACUUGCUGAGGCUCAGAUAAUUGUUAGCAUUUUUUAGCAAUACAGUCUUUUUUAACAACAGAUGCUGGCAAGGCUGCAGCGAAAAGGGAAUACUUAUACAUUGUUGGUAUGGAAAGCAGUUUAGAGAUUUCUCAAAGAACUUAAAACAGAACUACCAUUUGACCCGGCAGUCCCAUUACUGGGUAUAUACCCAAAAGAAAACCAAUCAUUCUACCAAAAAGACACAUGCACUCGUAUCUUCACUGCAGCACUAUUCACAAUAGCAAAGCCAUGGAAUCAAUCUCGGUAUCUAUCAACAGUGGAUUGGAUAAAGAAAACGUGGUACAUAUAUACCAUGGAAUACUACAUGGUCUUAAAAAAGAACAAAAUCAUGCCCUUUGCAGCAACAUGGAUGUAGCUGGAGGCCAUUAUCCUUAGCAAAUAAAUGCAGGAACAGAAAACCAAGUACUAUAUAUUCUUACAUAUAAGUGGGAGCUAAACAUUGGAUACUCCUAGACAUAAAGAUGGCAACAACAGACACUGGAAACUAAUAGAGGUGGGAGGGAGGCAGGCAAGGGUUGGAAAACUAUCUUUUGGCUACUACACUCACUCUCUGGGUGACGGGAUCAUUCAUAUCCCAAACCUCAGCAUCAUGCAAUAUACCCAUGUAACAAACCUGCAGAUGUACCCCCUAAAUCUAAAAUAAAAGUUAAAAAAUUUUAAAGUCUUUUUAAAUUGAGGCAUGUACAUUUUUUAGACGUAAUGCUAUUGCACACUUAAUAAACUAUAGUAUAGUGUAAACGUAACUUUUAUAUGCACUGGGAAACCAGAAAAUUUGUGUGACUAGCUUUAUCGCAAUAUUUGCUUUACCAAAAUGGUCUGAAACAAAGCCCACAGUAUCUCUCAAGUAUGCCUGCAGUUUUGUCAGUUCUAGAAUGCAAAAUAAAUAAACUCAUAUGGUAUAUACUCUGAUUUCCUUCAUUUAGAAUAAUGCUAUUGAGAUUCAACGAUGCCCUUAUAUGUAUCAGUAAUUACUUUUUAUUGCUGAGUAGUAUCCCAUUAUAUAGACAUACUAAAAUUUGUUUAUUCACUCAUCAGUUCUCCAUAGCGCACUUCACAGAAACAAAUCACAAAAGUACAGGACAUAUCAUUUACCCAGGCUUUACUUUAUUUCCACUGAGUUUACAUCUAA